GAUUAAUCGUGCACCGGCCUGCGGCCAUCCGCCAAGCGCGAUACGUGUGGCUGCCAAUACGGCGCAAAGCGAAAACAUAUAACUCGUAGACGCGCGGGUCCACCGCUCGUGAGGCGCGCACGCUCGGAAGGGCUGCCCAAGCUUAGCCACACAAACAAUGUCGAGCAGCGACGAGGACGACGACGACUACAGCGGCAGCGACGACGACGAGUACGACGACGAGGAGGACGAUGAGGCCGAGGACGACGAGGAAGACGACGAGGCCGAGGAGGAAGAGGAGCCGGCCACCGCCGUCGACGUCGACCAGGACCUCGCGCUCAUCAGAGAAUGUAGUGCGCGCAUGGACGACACCUUCGCGCGGUUGUUAUUAAGGUAUCCGCCGGCCCGUUCAACAAGCAGCGGCCGCGCGGGUAGUAGCCGGCCCUCGGCGGCGGGCGGCGCGGCGCGGGACACCGGGACACGUGAUGGUGGAGGCGGCCCGCCGCGGGGCGGUUUUGGUGGAAACAGUCGCAACAAUCAGCAGGGCGGCGCGAGGUACUCGCGCUUCGCGAAGCACGCGGCCCAAUUGGCGUCGAUGGAGGUCGGCCGUAUUGAUACUCCAGAGAGCGAGCGCCCGCCAUUAAGCGAGCAGGAGCAUGAAAGUCGAGACGCGCUCGCGGCGCGGUGCGUGGCCGAGUUCGCGCGGCCCGACGCCGCCGAUUACCUGGAAGAGGCGGAGGAGCCUUCAUUGACAAUCGGGGCCGUGGGCAUGCUCGGCGCGGCGGCGGCGCGCGCGCGGCGGGGCCUCGCGCCGGCGGCGGCGCCGCCGGCGCCGGCCGCGCGGCUCGGGUUCGGCACCGCGGGCCGGCUCGGCGCCGCCGCGGCGCGCGCGAAGGCGCGGCGGGCGGCCGCCGCGGGGACGGGGAGCCCCAUUACCGAAGCGGGGGAGCCGGAGCCCGCGGCGGCGCGUCCAUCAAAGCCGCGGCUCGGGCUCGGGGCCGCGGGCCUGCUCGGCGCGGCCGCCGCGCGCGCGCGGGCGCGGCGCCCGGGCGAGCCGGAGCCGGCGCCCGCGGCGCCGGAGACCGCGGCGGCGGGGCCGGCCGCGCCGAGCACGCCGGCGCCGCCGGCCCGCGACGACUUCGCGUCGCCCGAGGUCCUCAACACCGAGGCGCCCAAGCCGCGCGUCGGCUUCGGCGCCGCGGGCCUGCUGGGCGCGGCGGCCGCGCGCGCGCGCGGCCGCGCGGCCGCGGGCGCCGCGCCGGCCGAGCCGGACGCGGCGCCGGCGCUCGGCCCAUCCACAACGGUGCAGGCCGAGACGCCCAAGCCGCCGACCCUAAACUUCGGGCCGGCCGCGACGGCGCCGCGGCCGCCGACGCUCAAGUUCGGCCCCGCGGGGAUGCUCGCGGCGGCGGCCUCGCGCGCGCGGAGCACCGCGAAUGCCGGGCCCGCGACCGGCGCCUUCGGCCCCGCGACGCCCGCGGCACCCAUCGACGCGGCGCCGCCGGCCGAGGGGCCCCGCGCCGCGUGGGGCGACCCCGCGCCGGCGGAGGCGGCGGCCGCGCCGGCCGAGCCGGCGCCAGCUGCCGAGGUGAAGGCGCCGUCGGGCCUCUCGUUCAAGAUGGCCGCGCGCGCCGCGGCUUUGAGGGCACGCGCUAGAGCGCAGCUGCGGGAGCAGGCGCGGGAGGAGGGCGAUUCCGAGGGCGGCGACCCGGUUGCUGCUGCUUUACGUUUUGUGGGAGGCGACGACGUCGAAGAGGCGAUCGAGGCGUACAAGGCGCGCAGCGAGCUGCUGGACGCGGCCGACGAGCUGCUGGACCCGGCGAACGCCCAGGUUCAUUUACAUGACGCCUGGGAGCAGCGGUGCGUCGACGCCCAAGUGUAA